AUGCCAGACUAUAGACGAGAUCAGGUUUUAGAACGACUGAAGGCAGAAUUGGAUAGAGGUAAACCCUUACUCGCUGUGGGUGCGGGAACAGGUAUCACGGCGAAAUUCGCUGAACAGGGCGGCGCGGACCUGAUUGUGAUUUACAAUUCUGGUCGCUAUCGGAUGUCGGGGUUCGGCUCCUGCGCAGGACUUUUGGCUUACGGUGAUGCGAACGCUAUCGUCAUGGAGAUGGGCGAACGCGAGGUACUCCCCGUUGUGAAAGAGACCCCCGUUAUCGCUGGGGUUAACGGCACAGACCCAACACGCCGGAUGAGCAACUUCCUCAAGCAGGUCCGCGACGUCGGUUUCGAUGGCGUUAAUAACUUCCCGACCGUUGGCGUGAUCGACGGCACUUUUCGGGUAACGCUUGAAGAGACAGGAAUGGGCUUCUACAAAGAGGUCGAGACGAUCAGUAUCGCGCACGAGAUGGAUCUUUUCACUAUCGUCUAUGUCUUCAACCCAGAGGAGUCCGAAAACAUGGCAAAGGCUGGUGCAGACGUUAUUAUUGCGCACAUGGGAACGACGAUAGGCGGCACUAUCGGUGCGGAAACCGCUUUCACGCUUGAAGACACCGCGGUGCGCGUACAAGAGAUUUGCGACGCGGCAAGGGUGGUGAACUCAGAUGUCAUCUGCCUUGCGCACGGCGGUCCCAUCUCAAAAGCACCGGAGGCAGCGUUUAUCAAUGAGAAAACAGAUGCCGUCGGCUUUGUAGGUGCCUCCAGCAUUGAACGGUUCGCCUGUGAAGAGAGUAUUCCGAGGAUAACGGCUUCGUUUAAGGAAUAG